AAAAUUAGCGCUUAACCUCAAAUCGCGAGGAACGGGCGAGAAACACGGGUCCUCGCGUGACGAUAAAUUAAUGAUAAUUAUUUUCGCAUGAUCUUCUGGAAACAGGUGGGAUAUCGUGGGACUGUGACUCGUGACGCGUCGUGCGUCGACAACGCGUCGAAACGCGUUACGACGACCUCGAAUCAGUCCUAUUGUGUACAUCGUUCGCCGCGCUUGUGUUCGCCAUUUUUAAAAGGAGCUGCGCGAUCAGCCGCUGUCCGCUGCAACUACGCCAUUGAGACGAAAUCCUGGAUGUGUUGCUGGGGGAUAUAAGGGGAACGAGGGGAUAAAGUGCGCGGCGAGGUAGCGCGAGCAGUGGUGGUGGUGGUGGUGGUGGUAGGUGCAAACGACGUUCGUUCGUUGUGAUUUCAGUGAUUCGUCGUCUUCGUGCUGGGUUGGCGAGGUGUGCGAGAAUUCGGUGCAUGGGUGGUACGUGGUUCAUGGGCGUGUUCCGCUCUGCCGUCGGUACGUAGAGGAAGGUGUCAUCGGGUGCGAUUUCUCGCCCCCUCCGGUGCCUUUCGCGCGCGCGUUGCGCGACACGCAGUAUUUCGCGCGCGCGAUCCGUCCCGCGUAGACGACGUAUUACGAGGAUGUAAGUCCGACGAGGAGGGCGAAAGAGAAGCAGAAGAGAGAGUUUUCUGUGUUACAUUCCGCGUGUAAGUCGAGGGUGAGAGUCUCCGGGGAAUCGAGGAGUCUCCGAGGAGGAGCCUCGGCGAACGCGACGAGUUAUCACGACUGCGUGACACACUCUUCUCUUUCUCCUCGCCGUGUGACAGUCGCGCGGAGCAAGCAGCAAGGAUGUCGAGCGUACCGCUGAUGUCCAGCGGGCUCAGCAAGCUGAAGAAGAAACACUUUCGGGUGAAGCAUCAGAAGGUUAAGCUGUUCCGCGCGAACGAGCCACUGCUCAGCGUGUUUAUGUGGGGUGUUAAUCAUACAAUAAAUGAACUUAGUCACGUUAACAUUCCGGUAAUGCUCUUGCCAGAUGAUUUUAGAGCUUACAGCAAAUUGAAAGUGGAUAAUCAUCUCUUCAACAAAGAGAACAUGCCCUCCCACUUCAAAAUCAAAGAAUAUUGCCCGUUAGUGUUUAGAAAUUUGCGAGAGAGGUUUGGAAUAGACGAUCUGGAUUACAAGGAAUCGAUGACAAGAUGUCGGGUGUUUAAUCCCUCGCGAGCAAAGCAGCGUUCGGAUUUGGUCGAAGGAGUAGGCGUGAGGACUCGUCAGUUGGUUCAGCGCUCCGCUACCUCUCCGUCGAUCACUCUCUCCUCCUCUCCUUCCGCCUCCUCACACAAUUCGAUUCUAAACAAAUCGCUACGCACCUACAGUUUUAAACCGAAACGCCUGAGAUCUCAGCCAGUGCUCGACGAUUCGUCCGGAAAGAGUGGCGCCAAGUUUUACCAAUCCUACGACAAGCUGUUCAUAAUUAAAACUCUUACGAGUGAGGAAGUGGAGAGAAUGCACGCGUUCUUGAAGCAUUACCAUCCCUAUAUUGUCGAGCGACACGGAAAGACACUAUUGCCGCAGUACUUGGGAAUGUACCGGCUGACCGUUGACGGCGUCGAGCAUUACGUGGUCGCCAUAAGAAAUGUGUUCUCCAACCAUUUAACGACACACAAGAAGUUCGACCUGAAAGGCUCGACGGUGGACCGAGAGGCGUCGGACAAGGAGAAAGAGAAGGAUCUUCCUACCUACAAGGAUAACGAUUUCGUUAAAGAAGGAACGAAAAUUUACAUCGGGGAGGAGGCCAAAGCUAAACUAAUAGAAACAUUAACCGCCGACGUAGACUUCUUGACAAGAUUACACCUGAUGGAUUACUCCUUGCUGCUCGGCUUGCACGAUUGCGCGCGUGCUGAACAGGAGAGUCGAGAGCGCGCGGAAAGGGAGGACGACGAGGAUAAUCACGAUGAGGAGGACGACAGUGAAUCCGGCAGCGGAUUGGAGUCUCGAGGUCCAAUGGCGGACCGCAUGUGGGGUUGGGGCGGCGUUGGCCACGCGGUUGCCAGUAUGGCGACGCCUCCCGAGUCGCCGCACGCCGCGUUAGUACGUGAUACCAGUCUACAAUAUGAAGACGCGAUAAUACCCGAACUAGAUAUUUAUGCUAUUCCUAGUAAAGAAGGUGCUCCCACGAAGGAGAUCUAUUUUUUGGCCAUAAUAGACGUGCUGACGCACUACGGCGUGCGCAAGCAGGCGGCGAAAGCGGCCAAAACCGUCAAGUACGGCGCCAACGUCGACGGUAUAUCCACCUGUGAUCCGGAACAAUACGGCAAACGAUUCAUAGAGUUCAUGAGCAAAGCCAUAGAGUAAAGGGUAUUAUUAAUUGUGCGUAUAAGAUGAUGAAAUUACUGACGAUAUUACCGCUUAUGUGUACUGUCGGAGUGAAAUCGAGUUCACCGCACGAAAGAACCGCGGAGAUUGAUCGUCGCAGUCUCUCCGUUCGGUUUAAUUUCUCGACACUGAUCAUCUUAAUAGUGCUUUCAUUCGCGAUUCGCAUGUGAUCAAGUAGAAGCGCGUAAGUAAGUCGCUUAUUUCGCGAGCGUCCUUAAGCGAAACGCCGUUCCUCGAUAAUUUUUUAUCGGAAUUGUUUAUUGAAUUUUACGACCGGUGAGAUUGUUUUUAACCUCGAUUGAUCAUUAUUUGCCGUUUUACUUUGCUACGUUCAGUCUUCGUAACAGUCGCGAGGAAGUCACCGCGUAAUCGGUUUCCCCGAAUUUUUCGCUUAAAACUUUUCCACGUCGAAUAAAUGAAUCGUUCAAUAAAUUUGUUGCGCUUGGCAUUACUCAUACACGAUCGCCGUCGCGUUAAGAAUUUUCACGAAAAAAAAAAAAAAAAAAAAAAA